AUGGACGAUUUCGGAAGUUCUAUUAAUUAUGCUGAACCAGAAAGUUGUACUAAUGCUGUUGAAAAUAUGAACAAUUACGUUAUUGGCCAAUUAACUUUAUAUGUUAAUCAUUCAUCAACACAAACGACUAAUAUUUCUUCUCUACCACAAAAUGAAUGUCGUUUUAAUGAUGAAUCAAAUAUCGAAAAGAAUAGUACAUCAUUACCUAAUAGUCAAAAUCGAUUUUCUAGUUUUCAAUUAGCUAACUAUUAUGGAAUAAGUUUGUUAUAUUUAUUUAACAAAACAAAUUAUUGUUUAGAAAUAAACAUAAAUAUUCGUGAACAUGAUUCAUUUAUAACAAAUAAAAAUUAUUCUGUUUAUUUAUCAAAUCUUGAACUACCAAAUAUAAUAUUUGCAGCAACAUUAGAUGAUUAUAUUAAUACAACAUUACUUCUAACAAAAAUGAAUAAUCAUGAACAACUUGCAAAGUUUAACAAAACUAUUCGACGGAAGAAUGUAUUUGAUAUUUUAGUUUUUGAUGUUAAACUUGAAAUGAUUGUAUUACGUAUUGAAAAUGGUCUUCCAUAUGUACAACUUAAUUUAGGAGAACGAAACUUAAAUGCUGAAAUACGUGCAAUAUUACCACAACCAUCAGUGUCAACUACAACAACAAUCCUACAAAAAUUGGAUGAUGAACAAGUUAAUUUUAAUUCAAAUAAACCUGAAAUGAAUAUAUUUGAAACUCACUCUGUACAAUUAACAAGAGUCGAUGCUGAUUCAGAAUGCUUUCAUGUUGUAUCAAUGCGUGAUAAUCUUCCAACAAUCAUGAGUGCACUUAACGAUUGGGAUGUUGAAAAACAACCGUUAAUUAUCGAACCAAAACCAAAUAUGCUUAUUUGUCCACAAUAUCAAGAUACCACUGAAGAAAAAAGACUACGAAAGUCACCUGAAAAAGAUGAAUCAUCAAUAUCGCAUCAAUGUACGUCUCAUCCGUCGGAAAAUUUCCAUGCUGAAGUUAAAUUUAUGGAUGAAAGAAUCAGUUACACAACGAUCGGAUCAGAUGGAAUAUCAUCGUGCACGUUUUUAUUAGUGAUUGGUCGUAUCGAUGAUAAUGAAUUUGCGUUCCUAUCGCAUUAUCCUGAACCAUAUGAACCACCAUUUACACCAAUAACAGUCCUGGUGGAUCUCAUUGAUAAAUUAUCGGAACGUAUGACAGAAGCGAUUGGCAAAUGUCCACCACCAAACAUGACAAAAAAAAAACAAAAUCGAUGA